AUGGCCUUUGGGCCAGUAACAAAAUUGGGCCUAAAAUACAAAGCCCGCUUAACUCCCUCUCGAAUCGCGGUCCAAGUUAACGGCGGCGGCGGCGCUCUUCCGAACGAAGCAAGACGACCAACCACGACGGGAAGCAAAGAAAGCAAUCCCCCAUCUGCCCAUCACCACAAAAGACACGGAGCUCAGCACAUCAGCUCAGUUGGGACGGCGAGGAUAGGCACCGACGCGAUGCAGCUCCCAAAGAUCGACUUCUCCGGCGUGGACCCGUCGGCGCCGGGCACCGGGACCUGGUCGGCGGUGCGCGCCAAGGUGAUGGACGCGCUGGCCACGUUCGGCUGCUUCGACGCGGAGUACCCGGCUCUGACCCCGGAGCAACGCGCCGCGCUCUUCGACGGCGCCACGAGGCCGCUCUUCGCGCUGCCCGUCGACACCAAGCGCCGCAACUACCACGGCGCCGACAAGCCCUUCCACGGAUACCUCGGCGGCCUCCAGGGCUACGACGGCUACGAGAGUCUCGCCAUCGUGGAUGGCAACAAGCCCGAGCCCGUCCGCGACUUCGCCGGCCUCAUGUGGCCCGACGGCGGCUGCAGCGACGGCUUCUGCAAAGCAGUCCAUGGCGUGGCGGCGCGGAUCUUUGAGCUGGAGGCGGCAGUGCGGAGGAUGGUGCUGGAAGGGCUCGGGGUGGCCAAGCACCUGUUCCGUAUGUCGGAGUACCAGGCACCCAGCGCCGCGGAGAAGACGGUCAGGUUCGGGUCGCAUCAGGACAGCAAUCUGCUCAGCGUCGUGUGCCAGCCAGGGUUUCCAUUCCCGACCGGACCGGCCUAACCGCCGGGCUCCGGUACCAGUUUACCGGUCCGGUUAGGCCGGAUACCGGUCGGAACCGGACAAA